UUACAAUGCAUACAACUUUCUAUGGUCAUUUGCUAAUAAUGUUAAAAAGGCCUCAAAAUAUGCACAUUUAUGGAAUUUAAAUAACAUCAAAUAGCUACUUACAGGAAGUGGUAAAAUAUUUGGCCAGAGGGCAAAAAGGUUGUCGGAAUAUAUCUCCUGGAACUCCAGUUGCUGACCUACUUCAUUUAUUGGACAGUAGAGCAAAGGUAUUCGUUGUAAAAACCAACGUCUAGUCUCCAGUUGUUAGUGCCUGCCCUGUGAGCACUUUUUUUUUAUUUGUCAUCAUCUUCACUGCUCUGGCAGUUUAUGUCUCGCGAGAGCAGCCGAGCAGGGGCUUGACGAGAUCUGAGGCGCUCAGGUGUAAGAGCCUAGUAGACAGAUAAGUGAGUCUGAGAGACUGCAGGCAUCUCUGUGAUCUCCGGGCUCCAGGCUGCACUCGGCGCACUGCACACACACACAACCAACUGCACUGCAUCGCCGCUCGGAUAAGCGAAGGACUACGGUGCAUCUAUGACUGUUCCCCAGGUCUUCCAGUUGUCUCCCUCUCUUCUUCUUUUUCUUCUUCUUCUUCUUUCUGGUGCACUUUAAUUGGAGAAGCUCGCCAAGAUGAUGUCCAUGAACAGCAAACAGCCGCACUUCGCGAUGCACCCUUCUUUACCCGAGCCCAAGUACACCACCCUGCAUUCCAGCUCGGAGGCUAUAAGGAGAGCCUGUCUGCAGACUCCACAGCUGCAGAGUAACAUUUUCGCCAGCCUGGAUGAGACUCUUCUGGCCCGGGCUGAAGCUCUGGCGGCCGUGGACAUCGCCGUGUCCCAGGGCAAGACGCACCCGUUCAAGCCCGACGCCACCUACCACACAAUGGCAACGGUGCCAUGCUCGUCUACAUCCUUCGUUCCACUGGCGCACCACCAUCACCAUCACCAUCACCACCACCACCACCACCAGAACAUGGAGCCCCCGGACAUCAUGGACCACAUCAACUCGCAGUCCCUCAGCCUAAUGUCCAGCGCGCACGACGGGGCCGGUGGAGGAGGCGGCGGCGGAGGCGGCGGUGGAGGACUGAUCUCUUCCGCCUCUGCCCACCCGCACUCUCACAUGCACGGCUUGGGUCACCUCACCCACCAGGCUAUGAGCAUGAACUCGCCGCUCACUCAUCACGGGCUCUUACCGGGCCACCACGGCGGGAGUCAGGGCGGCCAGGGGCUCAGUAACGCAGGACUCCCUUCAAUCAAUGACUCGGACACAGACCCAAGGGAGCUGGAGGCUUUCGCUGAGCGCUUCAAGCAGCGGAGGAUCAAGCUCGGGGUGACCCAGGCGGACGUUGGCGGCGCUCUGGCGAGUCUCAAAAUCCCCGGCGUGGGUUCACUCAGCCAAAGUACAAUUUGUCGUUUCGAGUCGUUGACUCUGUCUCAUAACAACAUGAUUGCGCUCAAACCUAUUCUGCAGGCCUGGCUGGAGGAGGCCGAGGGCGCACAGAGGGAGAAAAUGAGCAAACCUGACAUUUUCAACGGUGGAGAAAAGAAACGGAAGAGGACCUCGAUAGCGGCCCCGGAGAAGAGAUCUCUGGAGGCUUACUUCGCAGUUCAGCCUCGACCCUCGUCCGAGAAAAUAGCAGCCAUAGCCGAAAAGUUGGACCUGAAAAAAAAUGUUGUACGAGUGUGGUUUUGUAACCAAAGACAGAAACAGAAACGGUUGAAAUUUUCCGCUGCUCACUGAUGACAAAACGAACAUAAAUCAGAACAAAAAAAGUUUUGUGGCUGAAUUUGGGACCAAAUGGACACUGAGACACCACUUUCAGUCUUUUGUCUCCAGCGAUUUUACAAGUUGGUAACGAUGGGCUUUCUACCCAUGUUACGAGGCUCGGUUUAUUCUGUUUAUUUUUCACGUUAUCGGUGAAUGUGAAGUAUGCAAACAACAGAUUACACAGAAAAUUCGCUCAAGUUGUAACGAAGGACGUCUACAUUUGCCUUUUAAAACACGCGUGGACAGAGGUAAUUUGCUUUAUAAUAACAGCGAGUUAUUCCUCCUGAAUAGGCCUAUAUUAUUUGAAGUACAGCCAUUUAAGAAUUACCUCAUUGAUUGUUGAACUGUGUUUUUGGUUGGAGUUCUUCUAGUUGUUGGUAUAGAAAUAAUCCAUGAACCUGUUCGUUUAAUCAUCUUCUUAAUUUAUUCCUUUUGGAGGCUGCUAUAAACUCAAAUUUAGUUUACUACUUUGAUGGCUAACUGGAAAAAUAAAAAAUAACAUUAGGCCUGCAUGGAAUUUAAAUUUACCGGCAGUAAUUAUUUUAGCCUCCUCAGGCUCCCACCUCUAUAAAUAUAUUAAUUUUGAAUUUGCACAAAAGGACCCUUUGGUUUAUAGAUCAGUAAUGUGAAAAUGGUUUUGUAUAUACAGACUUUACUUUAUCACUCUCUGAGCUAAAUGAGCUGAGAUAAAUUCUAGGGUCUAUUUAUUGUCUCCAUUGGGAUCUUUGUUGUAAAACAAGUUUCAGAGACACCCAGAGAGCACGAGUCCUUUCUGCUUCACGAAGGAGGCAUCACAAUAAUUUAUUAUUAUUAUUAUUAUUAAAAAAAGAGGAAAUUUUAGUCUGCAGUGGUAACACUAUGCAUCGGGUUAAAAAAAAAAGAAAUCACUGCAUUACAGUAGGGUUGUCUACUGCUAGACCUCAUUUUGUGGAUGGUGUAAAAUCACUGUUUAAAAUGCCUGUUUUCACAUUAAGGUCACCACGUUGUUUAUCGUGUUAACUGUUAACGGGAAACGUUGUGUAAGUAAACUUUUACUUUGUGCACAAGUAUGUUUACAGAAACCGCGGCGACAUGUGCAUCAAAUGUCCCACUGUCUCCUUUUCCUGUCCCAUAACUUCUCCACUCUCCUCUGUUGUCCUGUUACUUUCAUUGGUACUGUUCAUCCUGUAAGCCAAAAUUCAACAGGGAGAUGUGUUCCAGCAAUCUUCUAAUAAAUAAAAAAAACACGA